UCAUUGCAUCCCUAUGUAUGAAUGUUGCACAUAAAUAUUCAUUCGUAAAUGCAUACUCAAGUAUGUGUGCCAACUGGAAAUCCGCACACAUUGCUGUAUAAUGAUUUGUAAAUCAGGUUAUCGAUAAGAUAUCAAUAUUGUUUUAAAGUCCACUUGUUUUAACAAUAAAGACAAUACUUGAACUAUUUUAUACUGUGUUGCUGUUGCAAGCGCAUAUACCACGAAAUGCAUAAAAUAAAUUUAUUGGUUACCCAAAAUGUAUCUGCGGUAUUUCGUACGACCACUCGCAAUAUUGCAUCUCUUUCUAUGCUACCAGAAACAUAUCAGAUGCUUCACAAAACAUGCAAAGAUUUUGCAGAGCAAGAGUUGAAACCAAUAGCAGCAGAAAUUGAUAAAAACCAUCUUUACCCCAAAGAACAAAUAAAAAAAAUGGGAGAACUAGGUUUAAUGGGGAUAACAGUCCCUGAAAAUUUGGGUGGAUCAGGAUUAGAUUACCUAGCAUAUGCCAUUGCAAUGGAAGAAAUAUCCAGAGGUUGUGCCAGUGCAGGUGUUAUAAUGAGCGUAAAUAAUUCUCUUUAUCUAGGACCUUUAGAAAAGUUUGGUACUAAGGAGCAGAAAGAAAAAUAUAUCAGUCCUUUUGUAACUGGUACAAAAGUUGGGUGUUUUGCUCUCAGUGAGCCUGGCAAUGGUAGCGAUGCAGGAGCUGCUUCAACCAUUGCUAAGUUGGAUGGAAGUAACUAUGUACUUGAUGGUACAAAAUCAUGGAUAACAAAUGGAUAUGAAUCAGAGGCAUCUGUCGUAUUUGCUACAACAGAUAAAAGUAAAAAGCAUAAAGGAAUAAGUGCAUUUAUAGUUGACAAGUCUACAGAUGGUUUCUCUGUUGGUAAAAAAGAAGAUAAGUUGGGUAUUCGUGGUAGCAGCACGUGUUCAUUGAUAUUUGAAAAUUGCAAAAUACCGACUGAAAAUUUGCUAGGAGAACCAGGAAUGGGUUUUAAAAUUGCAAUGAUGACUUUGGAUGCUGGUAGAAUAGGCAUUGCUUCUCAAGCUUUAGGCAUAGCUCAGGCCUCUCUCGAGUGCGCGAUUGAUUACGCAGCGAAUCGACAAGCGUUUGGUAAACCUAUUAUUAAGCUACAAUUGAUUCAACAAAAAAUUGCUGAUAUGGCGUUGAGAUUAGAAAGUUCAAGAUUAUUGACGUGGCGGGCGGCUGCAGUCAAAGACAGCGGUAAACCGUAUACGAAGGAAGCUGCUAUGGCAAAGCUGUCGGCAUCUGAGACGUCUACUUUCUGUACUCAUCAGUGCUUACAAAUUUUAGGCGGUAUGGGUUACGUUAGUGACAUGCCGGCUGAACGCCAUUACAGAGACGCUCGUAUCACCGAGAUUUAUGAAGGUACAUCAGAAAUACAAAGACUGGUCAUAGCUGGAAGCAUCAUUAAAGAAUACAGUCAAUAGAAAUUUUUGAAUAUACUAUUUUUUUUACCUAACCAUUUAUAUUCGAGCAAAAUAGUUUUAUACACUUUUCUACUGUUUUUUUUUUCUUUUUUUUAUAAGAGAAAGAUUUAAUAAAUUUCACAUAUAAUGUG